GAGAAAAUGCCUGGAACAUCAAUGAAUAGUCCAACAGGUCUAGAAAAGGAUGGAUUUGGGGAAAACCCUUUAUUUCAAUGUGCUGUUGCAGAAGAUGAACAUCAAUACCUCGUGGGCUACGUGAUUUAUUUUCCCAUUUAUAUACCACGUUUAGGCAAAUCUAUGUAUUUACAAGACCUUUAUGUGAGAGAACAAUUCAGAAAAUUAGGCAUUGGAAGAAGGCUUUUCACCAAAGUGGCUCAAAGUGCUCUCGAUUCAGACUGUCUAAGAAUUGAUUGGAGAGUUCUUAAUUGAAAUGAUGCAAAAAUUAUGUAUGAAAAGCUAGGCGGCAUUAACAUUACAGAAAAAUAUGGCUGGCAAUCAUUUGAAUUAAGCAAAGAAGGAAUGGAAAUGCUUGUUAAUAAAAAAUAAAGAAAAAUGAGAGUGAAUACUAUUCAA